GAAAGUUCUUACUAGUAAAUUUAUUGAUUACAGUGAUGUUUUUGAUAUACAAAAAAAGUUUCAGGACUAAAUUAUAGUUACCCAAAGGAUACUGUUGAUGCUAAUCUAGUUAUAGUUACCCAAAUAAAUAAAGGGAAAAUUGGAUAAAUAGGACACUUUGAACUUGGAUUUGUCACAUUAGGAUUUCUAGAAGAUAUUUUAGGAAAAUAGGAUUUUAGACCUUGUAAAAUACCAAAGUACCCUUAAUUUACCAAUUAUGUUGAAUUUAAAUUAUAAAUUAUAAUAAUUUUCGUAAUAGAUUUUAAUGUUAAAAUUAAAAUCUAUAAAAAUUAAAAAAAAAACACUAAAUGGGAAAAGGGAGACGCGGGAUGCCGCAAACCUAAUUCCCCUUUCUCCUUGUCUUCUCCGUCGUAGAGUCGUCGCUCUCCCACGGCGAUUUAGGGUUCAACGGUGAGAAGCUCUGUUCUUCGUCGGUGUUUCAUCAGCCCGUGGUCUCUACUCCCGUCUCCGUCACCAUCCUUUUCGAUCUCACUGAAGACACAACGGCUGCGAAUCGUUCUUCCUCUUCGUCGGGUCAAAUCGAUUUUUGAAGUGUUCUUCCAUCAAUUUCGCUUCUCAAUCUCACAAUUCUUCACAUAAGGUAUUGGAUUACAUCUAUAGAUUCUCAUAUUAAACGAAAUCGAAGUGUUCUUCCAUUAAAGCUCGAUUUUUUUUUAAAAACGAUUUGGCGUGUUUCUUAAACUAAUUUUGUUUCACGGAUUGGUUAAACAUCUUAUACAUCAUUAUUUGUGUGAUGAUAUUGAAACCUUUACAUGUUGAACUAACAAUUUUGUCACGGUUUGUAGCUAUGUCUGAGGAGCUACCGAAGAGGCUUUUUAAGGAGGGCGAGGAGCCCCGAGUUACUCAGAUCAACAACAACUGCAGGAUCGACUACAUAAUCCGAAAGUUCCAAGCGUGGCUGCCAAAGGAGUUGGAUGUCGUGAAGAAAGACCCGGUUUUUCAUCAGAUUUUUAAGCUCCAUGAGAAUGGUCUUGGAUACUCUGCCAGGGUGAUACACAGCUUCUUGUGUAGGGAGCUGGUGACUUUCUUACAGCACGAGCUAUGGUUUGUCUUUGCGAGGAGACCGCUUCGAUUCUCAUUGCAAGAGUUCCACGCCGUAACCGGGUUUGAAUGCGAUACUCAUAUCUCGCUUGAGGAGUUUGAAGAGUGGAAAUAUGAUGGUGGUUUCUGGAGCAAGGUUUUGAGGAGAAAAGAUGGAACAAUUACACUCUUCAACCUGUGGACUAAGGACAAGGAAGCUGUAAAGAAGUGGAGGAAUGCAGAUCGCAUACGUCUUGUCUACUUGGCGAUCAUUCUUUGUGUGGUAUUGGCGAGAGAUGAGAAGGCUAAUAUCCCCCUGAAGUACAUCGCGGUGGUCAUGGAUCUUGACAGAGUUCGAAGGUAUCCUUGGGGAGUUGCUGCUUAUGACCUUCUCUGCAAAUCAAUAGCCAAAAAUCGUUCCCAACUGAAGGAAAAGACCACUAGCUAUGUCUUGGAUGGCUUCUCAUACGCCUUGCAGAUUUGGGCAAUGGAAGCGGUACCAAAAAUUGGGAAGCUUUGUGGAAAAAAGCUGGAUAAGGGUUUCAAGGACGGUCCUAGAUGCAUAAACUGGAUGGGAGCUGCGAAGGUGUCAUAUGAGGAGAUCAUUCGCUUGGAGGAGAUUAUUACACCCAAGGAUGACAUCUACCCAUACAUCUCAUGGACAGGAAAUUAUGAUGUUGUCAAAGCUCAGGCGUUUCGCAGAGAUGAUGAUGUGGAGGAUGAUAGAAUCAAGGUUCUGAUGGAGAUGAUAAAGAAGGGGCAUGAUUUUAGUGAGCAUGUUUGGGAAACUGAAGAAAAUGAAGUGAUUUCUUUAUCUCUCGAUGACGAAUCAGCUGUGAAUGAUGAAGCAAGCGUGAAUGUUGAAGCAGCCGAGAGUGAUGACGACUUUCAGACUCCGAAAGGAUCAAAAAACGUUGGUUCUAGAUCAAAGAGGGGUAAAAAGAGGCUUCCCGAUCGUGGUAUGGAGAAGAGAAAGCAUAAGGUUCUCGCAAGUGGUGCAAAGCAAGCUCCUUUUAAUGAAGACAUGAAGGCUUUUAUGACACAGUUGUUUGAGCACAACUUCUCUGGAAUGGAACAAAGGAUACAGAAACAGAUGGCCGAGACAUUUGAGCAGAUGCGGACAGAGCUUAAACAAUCACGUAAGGAAGCCAGCGUUGAAGUUGAGCUUGGAGAGCCUUCACCGACAAAGCCAUCGACGAGCCAGGCACCGUUGAGGAGGUCCACACGCGGGGUAAACAAACACUAGUCUUCACCAUCCUCUUCAAUGUUAUUUUGUCUUGUUUAAGUUCGUGGUUUGCGUGUCUGUUUGUUUUAUUGGCAUCUAAGUUAUCGGCCUGAAUUUUGUUGUACUUUAUAAGGUCUCGGUUUGUAUGUGUGCUUGGUGUGUAAGUGUCCUUGGUUUGUAAGUGUCUUGUUUGAACUUAUGUAAUGGUCUGGAACUUUUAUGUAAAAUAAUUAUGUAAUGAUAAUGUAUUUUGGUGUCUCAAUUAUUGCUUAUUUGUCGUGACAUAACAGGAUGGUUCCGAGACUACAUUCGAUGUGAAUUAUAGUGAAGCAGAUGAUAUGGGUCGCGGGAUAGGUACGCAAGGGGUUGAAGGGCUUUCUCAGACGUCGUAUGUGCCAGGCUUUGAUCCAUCUCAGGACAAAAAAGAAGAAGACUGGUGGACUCCAAUGACUUCGGUCCGAGGUUCAGUGGAUAAUCCAGUAAAGAAAGAAAAGACAGAGAUGAAUACAGCUCCACCGCCGUCACAGUGGGAGAAAUGGUGCAAAAGAAAAGGUCAUGGACUUCAGCUUAGCGAUUCACCAUUGCCAGAAGAUGCUUCUCCGCAGGCGUCACUUUAUUAUAUCUCCGAAGAGUCAUGGAAAGGAUUCACGGAAUGGGCAUUAAAGCCUAUACCUUUAACAAUUGGUCCUACAUGCUUUAAUUUGUCUGUAGCUACAAGAGUAGUAAGUGCUGGAAAAUGGCUUGGAAACGAGGUAAUGAAUCUUGUACUAACCUUUAGUGAAUUUAUCUUCCUAAUACUUCUUAUAUGCUAUAUUACUUAACUUUCAUUGUAAAUUUUUAGGAGAUGGAUGCGGUUAUGUUUAUAUGGCGUGUGAACACUACAUUGAAUCGUUGGGCCCCUCGCCGUGUUGCUUUCAUGAGUGCUAUGUUUUGCCUCCAAGUAGACGCUGCAUACAAGAAGUUUUUACCAAACAAAAAAGCCUAUCAAUUGCCUGAUUUCCUUCUUGGGUACGGCAGAGGAGAGCUUCCAUCUCAUGGGCAGACUGAUCUAGUUUGGGGUGUUGAUGUUGAUCGACUCUACUUUCCUCUGUUUGUAAAUGGUAACCAUUCAGUUCUUUUUACAUCCUAGUAUACAUUUCUUCGUUUACAUAUUUUUGUGGACUCGAACGCAGGUAAUCACUGGGUUGGUGUCUGUGUAAACAUCAUUGAAAGAAAAGUGGAAGUCUUUGAUUGCGGUCGGGGAAAGAACAGACAGUACGUUGAGAAGUUUGCUGCUAUCAUUCCUAGGAUAGUGAAGUCCGUUGCACCACAAGAAAGACAGAAGCAGCUACUCCUCUCAUCAUAUUCUAUCGUGGAUGUGCCUAUGAAGUUGAGAUUGAACAAAAGUUGUUGUGAUUGCGGUGCAUACGCUCUGAAGCACUUGGAAUGCUCGCUGCUUGGUCUUGACGUCAGUUUAGUGGAUGAUGAAAUCAUUAUGGGUUGUAGACAGAAGAUUGGAGUGGACUUAUGGGAGGCUGCACACGACCCCAUCUUUGCUGAGGUUAUGACACGAUAUGUGCCUUCACCAUGGGAGAGGUCUGAGGUCUUUGACCUCGAGGAUGAUUGAUUAACUGUGAUUUUAGUAGUUUGGUUUGUUAGAAUUAGAAAACAACUUUGGCUUUGGUAUUUGAUUUGAAUUAAGAAACAACUCUAGAUUUGAUUUUGUAUAAAUUAUGAAACAACUCUAUAAAGAAUUGUGUGCUACAAAAUCAUAAAACCUGAGGACCCAAACCCUAAACAAACCCUUAA